CGACCAUGGUGGGUCGAAAUCAGAGGCGUAGCGUCUUGCUAGUUGCGAUUGCGAUUGUACCGUACACGGAAUGUCUUACUUCUGUGUCACUGGCGAAGCAGAGAAAUUGUGUUCUUUCUGCUAGAUUUGCCGAAAAUGAGGGCCAACAAGUUACUCCUCCUGUACAAAGAUCUACAAUUCCUGAGGAGUCAAUAGUUUCUUCGACGGAUGACACUGCGACAGCACUCUCAGCUGGUAUUGUGCACGAGAAAAGUUCUAGCAUGUUAUCCGAUUUGAAUUGGGAGUCGAUUGGUCGAGUUUUUUUGAGUGAAGUGAAAGAAACUGCAGACUGUGUUAGCCUUGCAGCGGGUCCACUAUUUCAGUCGGAUGCGCUGGUUCAAGCCGAAGCCAUCGUAAAGGUUUGCGAUGAAUUGGAUACUGUGAAGCCAGUUGAAAAUAUGUUUGUCAGUGAAAAGCUUGGUCUUCGUCGACGUGCUCUUGAAUUCAAACGCCACGAAUUGCUCGUAAAGCUCAUGCGGCAAAACUAUGACUCGUACGUCGCCACGGCCGCUUUUCUGAGUCCGAGUCGAAUUCCCCGGAAGGACUUGCCAAACAUACAAGACGUACCGUAUGAAAAGGAUGCGGAACCGGCUAGAAUAGUCAUAGGUGAGGGUGGUGAAGAUUUGGUGGCAGACUGCAGGAUUGAGGACAUGAAAUACAAUGAAAGCCCACUCGACAAGCUUCUCUUGUCUAUAUUUCGCAACCUUGUCACAAAAAACACUGGAGGUGUGACCAGCCCAAAGGAAGGUAUUUUGGGUCUUGUCGAUCAAGGGCGCACCUUCAUGCUCAAACCGGGUCAAACGCCGGAAGCACAGCACAAGAUGGUAUCCGAUACCCUGGCCGGCCUAAUGACGCCAGUGUUACCACCGUUCUACGGCAUAUUCAUGUCGGGUAUCGUUCCCAAAAUAGGAACUGAGUUUGAUGGCAAGCAAUUUGGUCCCUGGUUCUAUGCUCCGUGGUUGACAUCUGUCGUCACACCCACUUUUUUUGGUUUCUUGGUGGGGCCUUCCCGGCCGAAUCAUCGGAAGGAUGGACAACUCGGUGGAUUGGUUGUGGAAAAAUGUAAGUUUUUGCAGAAAUCGGGUUGUAAAGGACUAUGUCUACACCAGUGCAAGCUUCCAGCGCAGCAGUUCUUCAAGGAUGAGCUGGGUCUACCCUUGACGGUCUCUCCCAAUUUUGUCACCCAAGAGUGUCAAUGGAGUUUUGGCGAGUCGCCCUUACCAGCCUCGGAGGACCCAUCUUUUCCAACCGGCUGCUUGGUGGGAUGCGAAUCGCGCAAGACCUUAGUAGCCACCGGAAGCAGGGUAGAUGCCUGCAACUAAUAGAGGUGUAGCUAAUCUGUCGCUAACUAACAGUAUAUUAAUCGCGCAUACUUCGCU